UCCAAACUUCUUCUUACAAUGGCUCCCAUCUUCUCACCCCUACUCUUAUUUCUAUCUUUCUUGUGUUUUUGCACAUUAGGGGCCAUGCCUUUCACCGUCAUCAUGUCGGAUUCCGGCGUGCCGUCCGACCUUGUGGACGGACCACAAAACGGGUUCUCCAUGAACAAAGACGGAGCCCAAACCGAUGCCCGUGAGCAAGAAGCGGUCUAUGACAUCAUGCGGGCAACAGGAAACGAUUGGGCCACUGAAAUUCCUGACGUGUGCCGUGGCCGGUGGCACGGCAUUGAGUGCAAGCCCGACAAGAACAACGUCUACCACAUCGUUUCACUCUCUUUCGGGGCCCUAUCCGAUGACACCGCAUUCCCGACAUGCGACCCGACCCGGUCUCAUAUUUCACCCUCCAUCACUAAACUUCCUUACCUCCGGACCUUAUUUUUCUACCGUUGUUUUACCUACAAUCCUCAGCCCAUCCCAUCGUUUUUGGGGCGUUUGGGUCCCACACUUCAGACAUUAGUUCUUAGAGAAAACGAGCAUGUGGGUCCUAUUCCUAUUGAGUUGGGCAAUCUCACCCGUUUAAGUGUCCUUGACCUCCACAAAAACAAUCUCAACGGUUCAAUUCCAGUGUCAUUGAGCCGGAUCACCGGUCUGAGGUCGUUAGACCUCAGUGGAAAUAGGCUAACCGGUUCAAUACCCAAUUUUACCUUCCCAAUUUUGAGCAUCCUUGAUCUGAACCAAAAUCUUCUAAUGGGUUCAAUCCCAUCCAGCAUUGGAGCCUGUCAUGCCCUAAUCAAAAUGGAUUUGGGCCACAACCACCUCGCCGGCCCACUUCCCGACUCCGUUGGCGGCCUGAAAAGCCUUAUGCUGAUGGAUUUAAGCUACAAUCGACUCAAGGGUCCCCUUCCAAUGUGGAUUAGAAGCUUAAUCUCCCUUCAAACCUUGAUCCUCAAGGGAAACCAAAUGGGGCCCACUCCAAUUCCAAGUGACUUGUUCGAUGGUAUGAAGGGGCUAAUGACACUAAUUUUGUCAAACAUGAAUUUGCAUGGUCCUCUACCAGCAUCACUAGGUCGGUUGCCGAGCCUCCGCGUGCUUCAUCUCGACGGGAACAAUUUCAACGGCUCAAUCCCAGCUAGUUUUAGGGAGCUGAAAAGUGUGAGUGAAUUGAGAUUGAAUGACAAUUGGCUAAUGGGUCCAAUCCCAUUUGGAAGAGAAAUGGUUUGGAGGAUGAGGAGGAAGCUCAGGCUCUAUAACAAUUCUGGGCUUUGCUACAAGUCUAAUAGUGGGUUGGAAGACAAUUUAGACUCGUCAUUCAAUUCUGGCAUUGGUACAUGUGAUACACCGAGACCAUAAAGACUCUCGGUUUCGUUUGACACAUCGAAAUGUACUGACUUAACUUUUCUUUUAAUAUAGUUUAAAGAUCUUGAGCUCUAUUUUUAUUGUCGUAGAUAAUAAUAUAUAUUGUAUAGUUUAAGUGUGUAUUACUAUUUUUGUUUAUCCCAAUAAAUAAGUUUAAUUAA